AUGAACGCGUCCGGCAAGGAAAUGCGCGACCGCAUCUCCUCCGUCAACGGUACCCGCAAGAUCACCGAGGCGAUGAAGCUCGUCGCGGCCGCCAAGGUGCGCCGCGCGCAGGACGCCGUGAUCAACGCGCGCCCCUUCUCCGAGUCUCUCGUCAAGGUUCUCUUCGCCAUCAACACUCGCCUCGCGGGUGAGGAUGUCGACGUGCCCCUCUGCAACGUCCGCCCCGUCAAGACCGUGCUCCUCCUCGUGUGCACCGGCGAUCGCGGUCUCUGCGGCGGCUACAACAGCUUCAUCAUCCGCAAGACGGAGGCUCGCGUCGCCGAGCUCGAGGCUAUGGGCGUCAAGUGCAAGCUCGUGUGCAUCGGCAAGAAGGGUGGCGUGUACUUUAAGCGCCGCCCCCAGUACGAUGUCGUCAAGCGCUUCGACAUGGGCCAGUCCCCCACCACCGACGAGGCCCAGGCGAUCGCCGACGAGGUGUACUCUGAGUUUGUCGGCGAGGAGGUUGACAAGGUUGAGCUCGUGUACUCGCGCUUCGUGUCCCUCAUCUCCGCCGAGCCCUCCAUCCAGACCCUGCUCCCCAUGUCCAAGGAGGGCGAGAUCUGCGACGUCAACGGCAAGUGCAUCGACGCCAAGGAGGACAUCAUGUUCACCCUCACCUCCGAGGAUGGCAAGUUCGCCGUGAAGGGUACCCCCGUGGAGACCGAGGUUGCCGGCUUCGAGGGUGUCAUGCAGUUCGAGCAGGACCCCAACCAGAUCCUCGACGCGCUCCUCCCCCUCUACAUGAACUCCCAGAUCCUCCGCGCCCUCCAGGAGGCCCUCGCCUCCGAGCUCGCCGCGCGCAUGAACGCCAUGUCCACCGCGUCCGACAACGCCAAGGACCUGUCCAAGCGCCUCACCCUCGAGUACAACCGCGUCCGCCAGGCGAAGGUCACCUCCGAGAUCAUCGAGCUCGUCGCGGGCGCCGCCGCCGCCGCCUAA